CUGAAGUGAAGCAGAUCUCCCGUGGAUCUGGAGCUCGAGAUGAACCAUCGGCUGGAGGAGCGCAGACCUGCUGAUUCUUGACAUCAUGACGGAGUUCAGUAACCUGACGUCGCUCAUGAAUAACGUGAGCGAGUUCUCCAAUCACACGGCGAGCUGCUCGUUAACCAAGACUGGCUUUCAGUUUUACUAUCUCCCCAUCGUCUACAUCAUGGUCUUCCUCACAGGCUUCAUCGGAAACAGUUUGGCCAUAUGGAUGUUCGUGUGCCACAUGAGGCCCUGGAGCAGCAUCUCCGUCUACAUGUUCAACCUGGCGCUGGCCGACUUCUGUUACGUGCUCUCGCUGCCGUUCCUCAUCUUCUACUACUUCAACAAAACAGACUGGAUUUUUGGAGACGUCUUAUGCAGACUCCAGAGGUUCAUCUUCCAUGUGAAUCUCUACGGAAGCAUCCUGUUCCUCACGUGCAUCAGCAUGCACAGAUACUCCGGCGUCGUGCAUCCGCUCAAGUCGCUCGGGAGGCUGAAAAAGAAGAACGCCGUUCGCACCGUCGCGCUCGUCUGGUUCAUAGUGGUGGUGAGCAUCUCUCCCAUCCUUUACUACUCACGAACCGGCCCUAAGAAGGGGUUAACGACGUGCUACGACACCACGACCGAAGACGAGCUGCCUGGAUACUUCAUCUACAGCAUGUGCAUGACGGUGUUCGGCUUCUGCAUCCCGUUCAUCAUCAUCUUCAGCUGCUACGGCGGCAUCGUCAAAGCCCUCAUCUGCAACGACAUGGACAACGCACCGCUGAGGAGGAAGUCCAUAUACCUGGUCAUCAUCGUGCUCACGGUGUUCGCCGUCUCCUACCUGCCCUUCCACGUGAUGAAGAACCUGAACAUGCGAGCGAGACUGUACUUCCAGAGCCCAGACAUGUGUGCCUUUAAUGACCGUGUGUAUGCCACCUACCAGGUGACCCGCGGCCUGGCCAGCCUCAACAGCUGCGUCGACCCGGUCCUGUACUUUCUGGCCGGAGACACGUUCAGACGCAGGCUGUCCAGAGCCACCAAGAAGUCCACCAGGAAGGGAGAUCACCCCGUGCAGUCCAAGAGCGAGGAGACGGCGCUCAACAGCCAGCCGGAGUGUGUCCAGAACGGGGACAACCGGGACUGACCUUCCCUUAGACUGAUGCUUUAA